AUGACUUCGUACGCGCUACUAGAUCAGGCAGAAGAAGAUAACCUGCACAAAUUUCGCCUUCUCAACGUCGAAGAAAAACCAUUCAAGCGCAUCACAAAACGCCUGCUCGCACGCGACUCGCUGAUUCUCAACCCUUUGACCCUCCCUCCGACUCCGCCCCCGGAAGGAACUGACGGUGAUGCGGCCGCAGCCGCCGAGGCAGAGAGACAGAAGAAGCUCGAAGAAUGGCGCCAGUUCAAAGAGGACGUGACGCUGGACUUUGCCGCGUUCGAGAGCAGCAUCGCCCGCAUCCAGUUUCUGCUGACGAGCAACGAGAAGGAACGGGAGCGAUACGCGGCCGAAAAACUGCGCAUCCAGUCGACGGCCCAGGAGGUGCGGGACAACACGGCAGAACUACGCGUCCAGCUCGAGGCUGCGCAGAAGACGCUCGCGCUGCGGAAGACCUACGACGACCUCGCGGAGAAGAUCACGAGUAACCGCCUCCUCCGGCCGCGGGAGGACCAGCAAGCCAACCUGGAGAAGCUGCGGGCGGAGAUCCUGGACCUGGAGAAGGAGAGCAGGGAGUAUGCCAAGACGUGGUCGGAGCGACGCGAACAGUUUGGCCGCAUCGUCGAGGAAGGCAUGCAGCUGCGACGGUUGAUCCGCGACGAGAAGGAAGAGGUCGAGCGCAGAGAAGGCAUGCAAGAAGGCGGAGAGGGAGAGGCCGGCGACGGCAGUAGCGCCAAUACGCCGCGGCCAGAAGCUGAAACUCAGCCCAGUGUGGAUGAGUCGACUACGACUUCUGCCUCUGCGGCCGGUGGACUCCAAGUGGAGAAGCCUCAAGCAGACGCGCGGGCAGCAUCCCCGUUGCGCCAGUCGAUGACCACGUCAGACGAGAAGACGGCGGAAGAAGACGUCAACAUGGCGGACGAGGGUGAGGUGAGCGACAAGGGGGAUGAACUCGAAGAGGGCGAAGAGAUAUCUGACGAUAAGGGGGAGAAAAUGGACACCAGUUAA